GCUACUGCAAAAAUCGACAAGAGACUAGAUCAUUUCCGGGAUUGGUUCAUUCUAAUCGCGAGCCCUACCAGGAAAGAAGCCUCAGCUGACAGCGGUGUUCGGGUGCCGCAUAUAUUUCAGAUUUUAGACAGAUGUCAACUAAGAGUAAAAACAGAUUUAAACGAGACGUGUUUUACUCUUUGCGACACUUGGGACGCACGCACACCGAACAGUAAAACGGUGAUAUGUGGUAGCAGGCAGCACUAUGCCAUACGUGGACAGGCAGAACCGUGUGUGUGGCUUCCUGGAUAUUGAGGAGAAGGAGGGCAGCAGUCGCUUCCAGAGACGCUACUUCAUACUGGACACACAGGGCAACACACUGCAGUGGUACAUGGACAACCCCCAGAACCUGCCUAGUGGAGCGAAUGCAGUUGGGAUUCUGCAGCUGACAUACAUCUCCAAGGUGAGCGAGGCCACGGGGAAACAGAAGUCCAAGACUGAGUUCUGCUUUGUGAUCAAUGCAGUGUCUCGGCGUUAUUUCCUCCAUGCCAACGAUGCUGCUGACCUGAAAGACUGGGUCCUCGCUCUGAACAAAGCUACCAAGAUCACUGUCCCUAAAGCAGGGCCUCUCCAGCCCAGAUCAGAGGUUUCUACAGUAACCGGUGAGGCAGGGGGUAAGAGGCUGGCCUACAAGACUGAGAUCAUCGGGGGAGUGGUGGUACACACACCCAUCUACCAGAAUGAGGGGGGAGAAAUGGAGGUAGGGGACAGGAGGGUCUCCUCUGUAGGCAGUAGACCAGGUGUACUGAGGUGUGGCUAUUGUGUCAAACAGGGUAACGUGAGGAAAAGCUGGAAGAGACGUUUCUUCACACUGGACCACAACGCUGUCAGUUACUACAAGUGUGAGAUGGAUAAGGAGCCCCUGAGAACUGUUUCUCUGAGAGACAUUCAGAAGGUCCAUGAGUGUCUGGUGAAAUCUGGGGACCUGCUGAUGAGAGAUAACCUGUUUGAAAUCAUCACCAGCUCCAGGGUCUUCUACGUCCAGACAGACACUCCAGAGGACAUGCAGGGCUGGAUCAGAGACAUUGAGUUGAAGAUACAGGAUUUCAGAGGCCCUGCCAAGGGUUCUGCAUUUACGUUUGCCUCCUCACUGUAUCGCCAUGGUAACUCCUCCCACCCACCCUCUGUGUUCCGUGGUCGCCAGGGAGAUGACAGGAGACCCCCACUAGUGAAGUCAUGUUCCGUGGCCCCGGGGUGGCAGCCCUGGACCCCAGUACCCCAAAGAGAGGCUCCCGCUCUGGGCACACUGGACAAGGACAGUCUCUUUAGCAAUCUGCCCUCCAGUCUUUCCUCUCGCUCCACCUCUUCCUCCUCAUCUUCAUCCUCCCCCUCCACUCCCACUUUCAUCCCACAGGGGGUCCCAGCUUCAGCACUAGCCAGUGGUGUGGGGGUCCCAGCCUGCCCUGGCCCCAUAGCUCCAGACCCCUCCAGCAGCCGGAGGAGACACCGCUCUCAGCCUCAGCCCCCCAAAGACCGCAGCUUCCCUUUCAGCCUGGACGAUGAUGGCAUCCGCACCACCGACGUCUAGAACCAACCACUUCUAGAAUCAACAAAACUCUGGAUCCAACAAUAUAUAGAACCACCAUCUAGAACCAAUGUGUAGACAGACAAACAAUGACACUUGUUUGAGUGCUUUCUACCGUUGAAAGACUGAACCUCCCUCCCCCACCCCCUUCUCCUCUGCUCUAAGAGUUUCACAGGCCUGCUGCUGAAGCUACGUCUGCUGUGGGUCUGUUUGGUGAGGUAGCCCUGGUGGGGGAGGGUAGUGAAGUAAACUGGGGUUCCUGGAUGCGUUCUCUCACUGAGGGGUGUGUCAGUAGUGGCUGUGGGCUUUUGGUAUAGAGGCUUUUGGUAUGGUGACUCGGAGAGAGCAGUCUUGGGCAGACUGGGAGGGGUUAUCAGUAUUAGAGUGUCUGGUGGAAUGUGAAGGAUAUGUUAUUUUAUUGUACGAUUUCCUCUUUAAACUUGAAUGUAGUCCACCCAGAUACUGAGAUGAAGGAAGGUGGAUGCUGUGGUGGAGCCUGGUCUGUCUACCGAACACCCUCCACUAGUCUAAGUCAGCUGGUCUUUUGCUUGUAUUAACCAAGGCUACGUCCCAAUUGGCACCCACUAUGGGUCCUGGUCAAAAGUAGUACACUAUAUAAUGAAUAUGGUGCCACUGCCAAUUGGGACCAAACCCAACAUGUUAGUGUCUGUGGCUCUGCCUGUAGACAGUCCUGUUCCCUUGUUAGACUGCAUCCAAUUGCGUCAAAUCGCUACAUCAGCAGCACAUUUUGUAUAUACACUUUUAGCGUAUUUCUGCUCAAAUGCAAAUGAUCUACUAUGGUAUUGUGUCAUGUCACAUGUUGUGUUUUGCCUGCCUGCACCUCACCGACCCAGGUCCAGGUGUGCUUUUCCCUUGUCUUUAAACUUAACCUGUCAUGUUUCUGAUUCUUUACAUAGACUCCUGUUAUAAAUCACAAACGUGUGUGUGUGUGUGUGUGUGUGUGUGUGUGUGUGUGUGUGUGUGUGUGUGUGUGUGUGUGUGUGUGUGUGUGUGUGUGUGUGUGUGUGUGUGUGUGUGUGUGUGUGUGUGUGUGUGUCAGACAUCGGUUCAAAUACUAUUUAAUGUAUUUGAAUUAAUUUUCAAUACAUUUGAAAUAUGUAUUCAGAUAACCUUUUAUUUGAAAAAAACAAGUAGUUGAAUAUUGGAAUGUAUUUGGACUUACACUUGGAAAGUAUUUGAAAAUACUUAAAUACACUCCCAUACAUUUAACCCAGUUAUUUGAAAAUAGUAUUUGAAAUAAGUAUUUGAAAAUACUUUUAAAAUACAAUUUGGUCGACUAUUUGAUUUUUGUUUUUACAAAUAGCUCAAAUAAAAGUACCUGUUUUGGGCUGUGUAUUUGAAAACACUGAAAAAAAGUAUUUAAAUAACAAAUGCUCAAAUACACAUGUAUUUGAACCCAGAGUGUGUGUGUAUCUGUGUGUUGAGGUUAUCAUGGUUGACUAGCUGGUCAAACAUAUUAGAGACAGGAUAAUGUUUGUUUUUAAGUUAAGGCAUCUUUGAUUUCUGUAUAUGCUCUUUUAGCAUUUUGCAGUACUGUAAUUCCGGAAAGAGAAAGGUUAAAUUCUAAUGUCUGCUAUUUCUAUUGCAAUUUCAUGUAUUUUGCUCUUCUGGUUACUGUUUUCUGUGAUUAAUUCCCGUGGUACAGUAUUUCAGAUGUAAUGGACUGCCUUCUACCUCGUACCUGGUGUCCACUCACCUACCUGAUAAUAAUGGUGUUGUUGUUUUUUUACUUAUAAGCAAGUGCAUUAAAUAAUAAGACAAAAGCUUUUUA